AUGACUCUAGGAAUAUAUGAAGAUGGUGAAGAAUUGUCUAAAGAUAUCUUUGACGGAGGUUGGACUAAUGUUUAAAUUUCAUUUUCUUAAUCAAACAGCACUUGGAUAUUUGGAAGAGAUCGUUACCACUAAUAUUCUAGAAAGUUGAGUCAAACUUACCCUCACCCUAAAUAAAUUUGCAUGUGGCAAAUUAACGCAUACGAUCCUAGUAUACCUAAACCAUAGGGUAGUUAACUUAGUGGUUGGACAGCUUCAAUGAAUAAUAAUUUAAAAGCGACAUUUACAGAUCAGAGUGUUGUAAGCUGGUAAAAUACAAAUACAGAGGAUAAUUAUUGUUACAAAUCUGAUUGUCCGAAAGGUUAAUUUUUCAAUGAAACUAGUAAAGUUUGCUAAAUUUGUCCAUCACCAUGUUCAUCUUGUGAUUAUCAGGGAAAAUGCUUAUAUUGUAAGGCUAGUUACAACUAUAUAAAUAACGGAAGUAAUUUAUGCCUGAGCAUCGUUGAUGGAUGUCCAGAAAAUACAACCACUAAUGAGGACGGACAACGAAUAUGUUAAGCAUGCCCAGAAGGUUGUAAGAAUGCUAGAAUUGUUCCACGAAUUGCAGUAGUUGCAGUAGUUAAAAUUGCUUAAAAUGUUAAAAUGGAACUUUUCUUGAUACCUAGUCAGGCACAUGUUAGCUAACUUGUCCGAGCGGAACUUAUCAAAAUUUAUCUUCUGGCAUUUGCUAAAAGUGCUAAUCGAAUUGUUACUAUCAAAAUACUGGCAAUAGAUAAUGCGAGAGGUGCAAGAAUAGCUGCUUAAUGUGCGUAAACAGUUAAACUGAUUGUAUAUAAUGCAGGCCAGGAAGUUUGUACUCAAAUAGGUAGUGUUAAGACUCAUGUAAAGACUAAGAAUAUGCAUCAGAAGUUGGUUCUUGUUACCCUUGUGAUCCAUCCUGCAAGAUUUGCUAGGAAAUGUCCAGUCUCUUACUACCCAAAUUCUUUGACAUUAACUUGCGAGCCUUGUAAAUACUAUUGUGAAGAUUGCAAUAAUGCAGAUGACUGUAACAUUUUACUUCCAUUCAAUGCUUAAACAAUCCCAUCAGAAUUCGAUCCUGAGGAAUUGACUUCAGAAUUAUGGUUUAAGGCUAAAGAUCUAACUAGUUUAAAUAUAUAAGUAUUGCUUGGACUUAAUCCAUAUAAAAUUAGAAAGAUUAGUAAAAAUUCCUUGAUUCAAUUACAGUACCAGAACACUUUGUAGUAUUGUAAUUCAGAUCCUGCCUUGACAAAUAAUGUAUGGUAUCAUAUUGCCUUCACUUUAAGUCAGAAAAAUUUAUCCAUGGCCUGCUAUUAAGAUGGAAAUUCUAUCCCAGUUGGAUUGAAUCCUACAAUAGUGGUUGUUUAAAAUUUAAUGAAACCAUAAGAAAUGAUUCUAGGAGGAUCUAAUGAUUUAUAACCUUAGGAAACGAACUUUGAUGGAUAUAUAAAAGAAUUUAGAUUGUGGAAAAUAGUUCGAAGCUCAUACUAAAUAAAACAUUUCAGAACUGUUUCAUUUACAAAAGCCCCUCCAGAAAUGAUAGCUUAUUGGAGACUAGAUAAUAAAAAUGAUGGUUCUACCUCAGUUUUUUCUGAAGCUACUUCAAGUGGAGUAACCAAUUAUGAUCCAAGACCUAUUCAUAAAAUUUAAGAUUUAGUCGAGUUGAGAGAAAUAUAUCUAAAGCUCUGUGCUGAAGGGUCUUAUUCAUAUUUCAAUGAUAUCUUAGGCUAUUAAUCUUGUUUGCCAUGUAAUAAAAUGUGCAAAAAUUGUAUAGGAAAAACAUCAUCUCAUUGCAUUGAGUGCAACUUACCAUAUAAACUUAUCAAGGAAGAAUUCAUUUGUAAAAUAGUUGAUUAUUGUCCCGAAGGAGAGUAUAUGGACAAAGUAUUAGGAUUGUGCUUUAAAUGCAAUAUUAAUUGCAAGGCUUGCUUUGGUGAUUAAAACAAUUGCUCAGCUUGUAAGUAUGGUGCUUUUAGAGAGUUUGAAGGUAAGAGCUGCGUUGACACUUGUCCAGCAGGGAUGUAUGGAAAUAUUAAAACUUAGCUAUGCUACUUUAAUCCAAGAGUUGACUAUAUUAUCCCAACUAAUGAAUCAAUUAUUUAUUCUGGAUCAUUUAUUGAUGUCAAGGGGAAUUUCACUAUGCUCAAUAAAGAGGCUAAUGGAUCAUAUUAAUAUGGCUGGAAAGUAAUUAGACUUUCAGAUAAUUUAGAUAUCACUGCAGAUGCUGUAAAGCCAUAUUUUGAAACAGACAUUAGGAAAAUGCAUCUUGAUAACAAUAUAGUUCAAGAUUAUAACUACUACUCGAUCACACUGUUUGUCAAAGGUUUUCCUGAAAUUUACAAUGGUCUUUACUCAGAAAUGGUCAAUAUAAUUUAUAUUGGAUCUGCUCCUAGAAAUGGAAAAUGCUAAGUAUAUCCUGCUUAAGGAAUCGCAACUGUAACUAAAUUUAAAAUUCAAUAAUCAGGAUGGGUAGAUAAAGAAAUUAUCACAAGAUAUGAUUUCCUAUAUUCAUUAGACGGCGGCAUUAAAUAUUUUCCAAUAUAAUCAGAUGAUAGACUCUCUCAGGAGAUAUCUUAUUUAUUUCAAUCUAUCUACGAUAAGUUCAUUUAAGUAAGAAUUAUGUGCAAAGCAACAAACUUGAAAGGCUUCACUAGUAAAAUAUCUACAAUUAUAGUACUUGAGAAAAAAUCAAAUGCUGAUGCAUCUAAAGACCUUAAUAACUUGAAACCUUCAUUAGUAGAAAGUGAAGUGGACAUACUUCAAAUGAUUAUACAGCUUAAACUUAUUACAAAGUAGCUUGGUAAUGUUAAAUUUUAAGAUCCUUAGGCUUUUGAUCCUAGAUUACUUUCUUAAAAUUGUAAUAAUAAACUAUGUAGCUACAAUGGAAAAUGUGUGUAUCUUGAUUACUAAAAGAAAUAUUAUUGCAAUUGUACAUAACUAUUUGCUGGUUUGAAUUGCUCUUAUUCUAAUGAAACUUAGCUUAGCUAGAUUAAAAGCUUUAUUUCUUAAUUGAGUUUGAAAUACUUGAUAAUUUCAGAUAAAGAAUACGAAGAUGUCUUUUUAAAUCUAGUCACAGACUACUUUGAAAUUAUGAAUGAUGUUACUUAUGGUAUUAUAAUUUAGACAAUUGGAAAUAAAUUGAAUUUAAAUGGCUAUUUCCCGUUGACUGAUAAUGAAGUCUCUUAUUACUUGAACUUGCUUUCUAAUCUGAUAGAAUAUAUUGAAUAAUAAACAGUUUAUUUGAAUGCAACUGGAUAAUUGCUUAAAGAUUAAAUAAUGAUUCAAAACUUAUAGGAUAAUUAUUAAUCAGCUCUUGAUUUAUUUGAAUAUUUGAGAUAGAAUACCCUUAAUCAGAUUGGUAUGUUAGAUCCUAAAAAACAAUUCUAGUCGAGAAUGAUAAGCUACAAAUAAAUAUUAAUAAGCCAAGACACUUUACAAUCAUUUUCUGCAACAUAGGACCUCAAAAAAAGUAUAACAACUUUCAUUAAGAUAUCAGAAAUAAACUUUGAAAAUUAAAGUUUGCCUCUCGAAGUUGAUUUUGUCUUUGAAGCUGUAGAAUUCGCAGUAAAUCCCUAUCAAGUCAUUAACACCAACAAUAUAUCCAAUAAUGUAUUUGAAAUCAACUUCUAUAAUGCAUCUGACAAAGCUAAAGCAGAAAUUAAGGAUCUAAAACAUGGUUUCGACUUCUAUUUCCCCUUUCAAGAUAACCAAAAUCUUUCAGAUUUCAUCAGUUAUUAUAACUCAUUAAGUCCCUACAAGUCUAAACAGAAAGAAUUAAGAGUCAAACUCUUAUAAAGUAGCAAGCUUGGUUGUCUAUACUGGAAUGGCAAUUAAUGGAGCAAUUAAGGUUGUCAAUUAUAAGAUGUAGACAGAACUCAUAUAAAAUGCAAAUGCAAUCAUCUGUCAAGCUUUUCAACCACAUUUAUGACGCCAAAACAAAGUAGCAUUUCUAAUGAAAUAUUUACCAAUAAGUAUUCAAAAGCAAAUUCAGAUGACGAUGAUAAUAUUAAGGUAGAAGAGCUUAUAGUGACUUUUGACAAAUAUUUCAAGAAUCUAGAGGAGCUAUUACAGCAUAAAACUCCAAGUCUAAUAGAUUUUCUAUUUAAACCUGGUAUGUACAUUGUGAUAGUAUUUUGGUUUAUGUACAUUUCCUCCCUUUUCUACUAUACAGGGAAGGACAAAAUCAAGAGAGCCAAGAUGACUAAAUCUUUGAUCAGAGAUGAUCUUGCAGAGAUUAAAGACGAUCAAAUAUAGUGCCUUGAUGAAAUGAUAAAAGAGUUAUUGGCUAGAGAUCUGAAUCAAAAUUAGUUUUCUGAUGAAUAACAUUUCGAAACUUUAUCAUAACAUACAAGAUAAAACAGUUAAGAAGAAAAAUUAAGACUAAACAUUAAAAGAAUGAGUUUGAUAGGUCAUACGAAAUCAUUUUUGUCGUCCUCUUUAAAUGUUACUCUGGAUAAUCUUCAUAUCCCGACAUUAAAUAAUGGAAUAGCAGGUAAUUCACAAAUUUAUAGUGCCAAAAAUUAUUAACAACUUGAUUAAUAUGCGAAGAAAGUUAUCAAAAGAAGAGCCAGAAAAAGGGUUUUUGGCAGAGUUGGAGAUGUUAAUGAUAGAGCUCUAAGAAUAUACAAGUAAAUAUUCAAAAGAAAAUAGUACACUCCAGAAAAUAAAAUGAAAUUCUUCCAUGAAGCUUUGAGGAACAAUCUAUGGUUUAGCUUAAUGUCAAAAACAAGCAAAAUUGCCCCAAGACACAUUAGAUUAACUUUGAUGUAUCUGUAUAUAUCAAUUCACCUUACUAUUACUUCUGUGGUGUAUAUUUUUGGAUAUUAACAGAUCGUUGCGGAUUUUAUAGGUGAUUCAACAUUCUCAACGAUAGCAAUAGCAAUAUUGCCUCUUAUUGGCGCUUGGAUUAUUUGUUUACCAGUAGCUCUGAUAUUUAGAAUGCCAAUGGCUUUUAGGAGAGAAUUAGAGGGAAUAAGGUCGAAAAAGAUAAAUAAAGUAUUUAAGGAAAUUGACAAGCAAAUGGGAUGUAGAUAUGCUCUUGGAUAUUUUAUUUGUUAUACGUUUUAUGUUAUAAUGUCGAUUAUUGUUUUAUUCUUUAACUAUAUCUAUCCAACUGACUAUUGUAUGGGAUGGAUGAUGAUAUUAGUAGCUUUAUUCUUUCUUGAUAUGAUAGUUUUUACUUUGGGUUUUGCAGGAUUUUAGCUUUUGAAUAUUAUAUUGUCCCUUAAAUGUAGAUUUUUCUAUCAUGUUUGGGCAUUAUUUGAGAUAAUAAGAUAUUACAAGAAUUUGAGAGGGUGA